AACUCUAGGAGCUGAAGCACCUGAACCUUAAUUGAACUUAACAUGCCAAAAUUUGAUUUCAAAAUUUUGCUGCUUUAAACUUGGUUGAAGACAGAAUUUUGCAUUUCAUUCCUUUGGAAAUUUGGACAUAAAUCUUUUAGGCCAUCACGGUCACCAAGGUAGUUGUGACGAUAAGAUGAGUGUUAUGUAUAGUCAUGCUGUAAAGUACUCUGAAAGAGACACAAAGAUGGACUCAGAAAUGGGUUCAAAUAUUGGUCACUCACAAGAACGUUGUCACCAACACAAUUCUGGACUAAUGCGGUACCGUUCUGCCCCAAGCUCAUUGCUCACAAGCCUUUUGGAAGACGACAAUAACAACAUUGGUGGCGUGAACGAUGAAGCUUUUAGAAGUGAGCAUCAUCAACAUCAGCAGCAGCAUUACCCUUCUUCCACAAGUUCAGAAAUGGAGACCAUGUUGGCCAGGUUGGUUUCUUCAAACAAUGGGUUGUCAAAUUUGGAGCCUUCGGCAGUGAAGCAAGAAGCAGGGGACUCUGUUUCACAACAACACAAUGGUUACUCUUAUGGGUCUUCAUCUCAGUUACUUUACCAACCUCAACAGCCAAAUGGUUCCUUAGGUGCUUUUGAUGAUGGAUCAUUCAGUGCUUUGAGCUCCAUAGCUUCUUCACAUAACUCCACACAAACUAAGAUGGGUACUUCCACCAAUUGCUCCAAUCUCGUUAGGCAGAAGAGUUCCCCUGCCGGGUUUUUCAACAGUUUUUCAGUUGAUAAUGCAUUGAGAGAGGUGGGAAGUUUUAGGGCCUGUGAUGUCACAAAUGGACAGGCUAUAACAUCCACUAGUGGGUUGCAUGGUACUUUGAACUUCUCAUCUAGGCCAUCCUCUUGCUCUAGCCGAAUGCCACAGAUUGCUGAAAAUGGACAUGAAGGCUUGGAAGCAAAUUGUGUUGAAAAUAGAAACCUGGGAAAUGAUAAUGCCAGCACUAAAUGUUACAUGCCCAGUUUCACCAGUAACAUGUGGGAUGAUUCUACAUUCAGUGCUCCCAAAACGGCUACUAACAAUGGUGAAAUCGUGUUUUCCACUUCUCAUGUUUUGGACACUCAGGGUGUAGACUUUGGAUAUCAAAAAGUUGGUUUGACCCACCAUUUGAGUCUCCCUAGCUCCUCUUCUAAGAUGGCUACUAUGGAAAAGAUUUUCCAAAUUCAAGGAUCGGUUCCAUGUAAAAUUCGUGCCAAAAGAGGCUUUGCUACUCACCCAAGAAGCAUUGCAGAGAGGGAAAGAAGAACACGAAUUAGUGCAAGAAUCAAGAAAUUGCAAGACCUGUUCCCAAAAUCAGACAAGCAAACAAGCACAGCAGACAUGCUGGAUUUGGUAGUUGAGUACAUUAAAGACCUGAAGAAACAAGUUAAGAUACUCGCAGAUACAAGGGCAAAGUGCACUUGUACGAGUAAUCAGAAGCAAUACUCUAGACCUUGUGCCUGAUUUAAAUGCUUGUAAAUAACGAAAUGAAGGGGG